UGCAGCACGCGCACACACGCACGCGCGCAACUUUUGAACGAACUCCGCAGCUGCGGGCGCCGGCCGCGAGCUCCCUGGUUCCAGGCGCCUUGGCCCCCCGCGGGUGCGCACCUGCAGGGCGCGAAAGCCAAGUCUGGUAGCGGGGCACGCCCGCCCGGCGCGGAGUUUGCGACCCUCCCCCCGGGAGUGUGCGGCGGGGCGAGGCUGUGUGGGGGACCCGCGGGGGGCACCGCAGAGUCGCGUCAAGUGUGUGGAGUUGUGGGGCUGUCGGGGGCUCUGCGGCAGAGGCCGGAUGCAAGCCACCCUCCUGCCUGCUCCUUCCGGUGCCCCCUCCAGGAAGAAGCUGGUGGAGUCGGUGGCUGACUUGGACACUGAGUGGCCCCUUGAGAAACGGGCUCGAAGUGGGCCCCAGCCUCAGCCAGUGCCUUACCUGCAGCGCUUGAACCCACCUGCUGCUCCACCCUGUGCACCUGCUGUUACCUGCACCUCCCACCGUGUUGGGCCUUACCUCCUCCUGCAGCCUGAAGAGGGUGGGCGGGCCUACCGGGCCCUGCACCACCCUACAGGCACCCAGUACACCUGCAAGGUAUACCCAGCCUGCGAAGACCGGGCGGUGCUGGAGCCUUACUCAAGGCUGCCCCCUCACCAGAAUGUGGCUCGGCCUGAGGAGUUCCUGCUGGGCCCUGAGCUCCUCUAUGCCUUCUUCUCCCGGACUCACGGGGACUUGCACAGCCUGGUGCGCAGCCGCCGUCGCAUCCCUGAGCCUGAAGCUGCCUCGCUCUUCCGUCAGAUGGCCUCCGCCUUGGUGCACUGCCACCAGCACGGUCUGGUCCUGCGUGAUCUCAAGCUGCGUCGCUUCGUUUUUGCCAACCGUGAGAGAACAAAGCUGGUGCUGGAGAACCUGGAAGAUGCCUGUGUCCUGACAGGACCUGAUGACCUCCUGUGGGACAAACAGGCCUGCCCAGCCUACGUGGGACCAGAGAUCCUCAGCUCCAGGGCCUCCUACUCUGGCAAGGCAGCGGACAUCUGGAGCCUGGGCGUGGCUCUCUUCACCAUGCUGGCUGGCCACUACCCCUUCCAGGACUCAGAGCCCACUUUGCUCUUUGGCAAGAUCCGCCGUGGUGCCUUUACCUUGCCUGCUGGCCUCUCAGCCCCAGCCCGCUGCCUGGUCCGCUGCCUCCUUCGGCGAGAGCCAUCCGAGAGGCUCACGGCCACAGGCAUCCUGCUGCACCCCUGGCUACAGGGGGACCCAGUCCCUUUAGUCCUGUCUCGAUCUCACCUUAGGGACGCUGACCAGGUGGUCCCUGAUGGGCGAGGUCUGGAGGUGGCCGAGGAGGAAGAGAGUGGUGGGGAGGUGGGUCUGUACAGCUAGGCCACCCUGAUAGAUGCCCAGCUGCAAAAAGUGGGCUGAGUUUGAGGAUCUCUAAGGUUUGUCCUGAGCCCAACCUCAAUGGCCUUGUAGGCAGGAGGAAGCAUGGGCCGCCUGCACACUUGUGUUCUUACACAUCUUGCUUUUGUGCACACUGUGUGCCACCCUGUCCUCACUGUUACAUAGCAGUGGGUAGAGGAGACAUGCUUGCUACUCCAGAGCUGAUGGAUACAUGCACACACCAAUGGGCCAGUCCACCUGGGCACACUCAGUACUAGUAUCGCCCUCCACUUGUGCUGGUGCCAAGUCCCUGUAUCCACAGGACAGUUCCUGUGUCUAGCAACCCAGCUGCCUUGGUACCUAGAGGCUGGCAAAGAAAGGAAAGCAAGCAUCUCUACCAAAAGUGCCUGGCCUUUCCCGGCAGCUAAGCCUGCAGAGCCCAGCCAGGCUGGGCAUUGUACACCACCAGUUCUAACCUCCAGAUUGAUGGAGAAAUUCUUUAUCUUUCUCUGUUUUGGGACAAUGUCUUGGUAUGUAGUUCAGUUUGGAAUUGAACUCCUUUGUAGCCCAGGCUGGGCUUGAACUCACAGCAAUCUUCUUGCCCCAGCCUCGUAAGAGCUGGGAUUACAGGCAUGUGCCACUAUGCCUGGCUUGACUGAGAGAUUCUCCUUGUAGCCUGAGGCAAGAGUUUGGGCCGGAAGAACAAGAAUACUACCUGAGGCUGCUUCUCCUCAUGGCUUAGUAUAAGGAUAGCACCAAGAUUCACAGGCAGGACUAGCAGGAUCUGCUGGUCUGGAAUCAGUGCAAAGCCUGUCUCCCUGUUCAGUGAACAUUCAGGGUCUAGGACUGUAGUUGUUAACACUAUGUGUUUCAGACCAUAUCAUUUCCUCUUGUGCCUAAUAAAGCAGAGUUAUAAACAGUU